AUCCUAUAAUAUCAUCCCUGGGUUGAAGUUCUUCACAUUACAUAACCACAGGCAAGAGCGCGUUAGCGGCUUUCAUAGGGAACUGCCUUGACAUUCUUGGAGCCAAAUGGAACAAAAACUCACAGAGCUUCAAUCAGAUACGAAUGAAUGAGAAUGGUAUUGUCAUGUAAUUUGCCCUGUACAUACGUAACCCAAUUGUUUAAAUUAUUUUAUAAAAGAUGUUUUGUAUGCACGAUUAUAUGAAUGUGGCGGUUACAGCGAAAAAGAGUUCGAUCAGAUAAAAGGAUAGUAACCGUCGUUAACGAAACUGUAACGAGUGUGUGUGCAAGAUUCAAAGAUGUCAGAACGUGUUUAAAUUGUCGUUAUCGUGGUAUUAACAAUGGAAGAUUUUAACGAUAAUGUGGAUGGUAAAUUGGCUUUUAGAAUGAGAAAAGUCAAUCCGGAACAGUUCCACACCCUCGUCAAAAUGCAUUUGUCUUUCGAAUUGGAUCUCAAUACCGAAGACAACGACUGUUUCAAUGAAAAAGCAAAAUUGAAGAAAUGGGGUCUCUUGAGCUUUACAAAGAAACCUAAAUCAACAAUUAAUUUACAAAAAGGUAUAGAAGGUGCUAGUUUGACAGAGGAUGGAAUUAAUCAAGUGAAACAAUUGAUAGAAUAUUUGUCCAAGGAACAAAACAUUGUUCAAGAAGGUAUAUUUAGACGUACUGGUAAAUUGACAAGACAACAAGAUUUGAAAAUUACAAUGUACCAAGGCAUUCCCUUAGACCUUCAUGAUGGACGAUAUAGUGUUCAUGACUGUGCAUCAGUAUUAAAGGGAUUUUUGGCAGAACUGCCAGAACCAUUAUUGUCAGAUUUGCAUUAUCCUGCACAUUGCCAAAUUGCUGAAUUGUGCAGUACUGAUGUAAAUGGCAACGAUGCAAAAUUAUUAAGAGCUCUGCAAUUGCUUUUAUUACUUUUACCAUCUAUGAACAGAAUUUUACUUAAAUAUGUGCUAACACUUCUUAACAAAACAGCUAGUUUUGAAUAUAAAAAUAAAAUGAAUUGUGAUACACUUGCUACGCUUUUCACUCCACAUUUGAUGUGUCCAAGAAAAUUGUCACCAGAAGCUUUACAUAUCAAUUCUCAAAAUUUAUCAUGUUUAGUUGCUUUUAUGAUUAGAAAAGGGAUUGAAUUAUUUGAAAUUCCACCAAAAUUAGCUACAGACAUCAGAGCAUAUUGGGUAGAACAGGAAAGAAAAUUGCUGAGUCCUAAGAAUAUUGAUUUAAAUGAAUCUAUACCGGAUGCAACAGGUACAGCACAUACUGUAUUUAGUUUCGUUGACCAUAAAUUAACAGCAAAAGCAAAUUCUACUCAAGAUACUCAAGCAGCUUUAGCUCAACUUUAUGCUCACAUACAAGCUAUGCCAGAAUCAGCUAAAAAGCGCAGGCUUGUAAAACAAUUUAACAAAGAAAAUGGUCAAGGCACACCAAGACAAGUUAAAAAUUGUCGAACUAAAAGUCUUGGAGAUUCAAUAAAGAAGCAUAUAUUUCAAAAGAAGAUCUUGGGGCAUAAGAAAUUUCUUGAUCUUAAUAUAGGUUGCAAUAUCACUAGAUCAAGUAGCGAAGAAAAUAUAUUAUCAUCGAAUCUUGAACAAUCAUUACUUCAAACAAAAGUACUGUUCAGUAAAUCAGAUGAUGAACUUAGUAUAGAAAAUUGCGAUACAAAUAAUGACAGUUUCCUUCAUACUAAACAUAUUAGUAAUAGUACUGGUAGCCUUAAUACUCCUAUACUGAGGAAUUACAAAGACAAGAGAAAGGCUAUGUUCAUGAGAUUUGUAAAUAUAAAAGAGGAAGAAAUGAACGAAAAAUAUAAUGAAUGGAGUGUAAACAACUCUAUCAAAAGAUUUGAAAAUGCUUCAUAUACAAAUGAUUCUACGUGUUCAAAGACAGGUGAAGGAAGCAUAUCCUUGCAAGAAGAACAUUUUAAUAUUGACGACUUAAGACGUGACAAUGAUACUGCAGCUAAUAUUAUCAGACUAUCUAGACAGCUUAGCGAACCACCUGAUAUGUAUUCUUCUCAAAGUACUUUAAAUGAAACUAGAGAAAAUGAAUUAGUCAGACAAAAUUCAGAACCUACAUUAUCAAUGUCGAAAGUAACUAAUGUAGACAUGGCUUCCUCUUCUAAGUGUUUUGAAAGCAACAAGAAGUUAUUGGAACAUUCAAAAAUGGAUCUACACACUGAUAGCGCAUGUGUUCACUUAUCUCCUAUUGUGAAGAAUAGACUUUGGAAUGUAUAUGUCGCCCAUACGUCAACGCCAUCAAAUUUAUUGCGCAAAAGCUUAGUUACUAACGAUUAUAUGUUAACUCCUAUUACUAACAAUGAUAAGAGCAUGAGUCCAAUUACCCAAAGUGCAACUAAGAUGACAAAAGCAAUGCAGGAAACAAUGAUGACACCACGAUCUAGAAAACCAGUAAUGAUGGUUUCGGGUUCAAACCUUUGUAAUCUUGCUAGUGUUAAUAAUAGCUGGAGUCAACAUAAUGUAUCUAACAAUAUACGUACUUCAAAUCUAGAUAUAAUUGGACCCAUUAACUAUGCUUCAAUUCUAGAAGAAUCCCAAAGACCUAACAGUACAAACAGCGAAAUCAUUUAUGGGGAGAGUAUUGAUUUAGAAGAGAAAGAAAACUUAGUCAGUGAUGUAGGAGAAAAACGGAAGUUUCUCACAUCCGUUGCAGAUGACUGUUGUGCAGUUACUCAACAAAGUACUAUGUCCAUAACGAGCACAUUUAGAGAAUAUUUGUUAUCUAGAAGUGUUUUAACUGCUAGUCCUGUUGACCUCAGUUUUUCAUCACGAACAGGAGAUUUUGAACAAUCAGAGUCUGACUUAAACAUCUUAAACGAAGAUCGCCUUUCUGAUAGUUUAUUAUGCUGUUUAAAUGGUAAUAAUCCAGAAUCUGAUACUUCUGGUAUUGUUUCUGGUAGCACUAAUAGCGCAAACAAUUCCUUAGAAAAAAAGGAUGAAACUGUAAGUUCACCAAGAAAACGAGCAACUAGUUUACAGCGUAAUGAUUCCAAAAGAUCAGUAAAGGAAAGCAGGACAUUAAAAAGUAUACGAGGACAAGGCUUUAAGCAUAAACAAUUGAGCGAAUCAACGUUAAAUUCAGUGAAAGUAAAAGAUACAUUUCAAGAGACAUCAUUUUGAGAUUUAAAGUGAUAUACUUAAAAUAUAAAUCAAUAUCAACGUAUUUCAACACUAUAGUGUUCAUGAUACGUUAACGUUUCUUUAAUUAUGCAAUUAUAUCUUUCUUUUAUUUUAAGGAUGUUAUUUUAGAAAAACAAAAUUGACAAGAAUUAACAAUAUCAUAAAAACCUACAAAGUCGAUAGGUUUGUUCAUCAAUGUUAGUAGAAAGUGAAAAGUGUAGGAUAUAAUUCUAUUGUGUACAUUUGUGUGUUUCUUCGAAUUCUGUUUAAUUUUUAUACGUUCAUAAUAAAAAGUAGUGUAUCAUUAUGUGAUAUAUACGAAUUUGUAAUAUUUACAUUGUGAACAGUUUUGUACUAAAGUUUAAAGUAUAACACAUUUAUUUUAUAUACUGCCAAAAAGUUUACGAGGCAUGUUUUUUGUUAAAUUAGCAAUCUAUAAAUAAAUUUUUUUGCACAACAAUA